AUGUCUCAGGCGAGCACGCCGUCGCAGCGGCGGGACUUUAGCUCGCCGCCAAUGAGCAGGACACGGGUCACGGGCGUGCGGCCCCGCUCAACGAGCGCCGCACACAGAGGCCGGUCACACACGCGGCUGGCGGCGCCGCCGCAAAUUGGAGACAAGGUCACAUCCUUGGACGGCGUGCGUCGCGGGACGGUGCGCUACGUUGGAGAGACCCAGUUCAAGGCGGGAACAUGGGUCGGCAUCGAGCUUGAGCAGGGCCUGCAGGGGAAGAACGAUGGAGAAGUGGAAGGCGUCCGCUACUUUCAGUGCAGCGAGAAGCAGGGUGUGUUCCUGCCGAUGCACCGCGUGCACGUCCUCCAGCGCGCACACGGCAGCGACAAUGAUCGGGACAUGGUGGACAUGAACGCACUGGCAUCGGCCCACCGCCUGCUGCGGGAAGCGCGGUCCACGCACGAGAAGGAAGUGGAGGCGCUCGUGGCGGACCGCGACGCGCUGAAGCAGCAAGUGGACGCCCUGCAGCGGCGGCUGGUGCACCGCGACUCCAGCGCGGGCGCGGACACAUCAAGCCUCGACGCCGUCAGCUUGCAGAGCAUGCAGCAGGGCGUGAACACAAGCACCAGCAGCAGCCACAUCCCGGGCGCAUUCACCGCCACCACCACACGCACGGCCACGCCAACCUCGGCGUCCUUUGCCUCGCUCGCGGGCAAGCUGCCCGUGAUUGAUGCGACAGCGGCGUCCGAGGACACCCUCACCCAACAGCAGCUGCAGCAACUGCAGCAGCAACGGCGUCAGAGUGGCGGCAACGACUCCAACGCCACCUUGCACGACAUCUUCUUUGCCAGGCGCAGCCGCAGUGGCACGGGCUACAGCCACUCUGACCUGGGCGGGGCUGCCUCAUCACCGCCCCACACAACCGGCAGUAGCGGCGGUGGUGCCACGGCGCACCAGCGCGGCCUUGCACGCAGCGCACCACGGGCCGCCCAGCGCAGCAGCAGUCCAGGCAGCGUGAGCAUGGGUGGCGGCGGUGGUCGACCACGCCGUGGGUCGCUGCACUCCGACUCUGUUGCGGACAAGCUGCGUGGCGCGCGUGUGGAGGCAGAGCAGCUGCGGCGGGAGGCGGCCGAGGUACGCGGCCAGCUCCGCAUGUGCGAGGCCGUGCUUGCAAGCAAAGACAAGCUGCUGGCAAGCAAGGAGGACCGCAUCCGGGAGUUGGAGGCGCAGGUUGCGCACAAGGACGCGGAGGUGGUGGCAGGGAAGAAGCAGGUGCAGGCACUGGAAGCGCGCUGUGCACAACUGCAGGAGCAAGUGAGCAAGCUUGAGGCACAGGCUGAGGGCAAGCUGACCUCCAUGCUGACGGACAACGCAUCCGCCCUGGGCACCAUCGCCGCACGGCUCGAAGCGCUCUCAGCGAGGCGCGAUGAGGGGGAGGAGAGCAAGGAGCGGCACAAGGAGGAGAAGAACAUAAGCACGGGCGGCACAGGUGUUGGUGUUUGCGCAUCAGAGCCAGAGCAAGCAGCAGAAUCGUCACAGCAACCGCAACAGCAGCAGGAAGAGGAAGGGCAAGGGGAACCGCGUGCUGAUGGCGGACGUGCACGUGUGCGGGAUGGUGAAGUGCUGGCGAUGCGCGAGUCCCUGGAUACGGUGUGUCGGCUGCAGCACACGCUUGUGUCUGCGCUGCAGGAGUUGAAGGAGGACGUGUUGGCGUCCAAGGCGGCCGGUGACAAAGGCCGCCGCGGCAAUGGCAAUGGCAAUGGCGAUGGUAGUGAUCAUGGUGGUCGUGACGUGGCUGGGAAUGGCGGUCGUGACACCACCAUGGCCCACAUCGACAACAACAACGACAACGACAACACCAGCGACAACGACACCAGCACAGAUGGCGGGACGCCGGAAGCACGUGCGGGUGACUCUGCGGCACAGGCACGCGGGGUGAUGAAGCGAGUGGCGUCGAGAAAAGAAGAUGGGGAAGAGGAAGACAAAGAGGAAGAAGAGCAGCAGCGACUACUGCUGGAUGAGGUCGGGGAGGCGCUGGUGGGGCCGAGCACAGGGCCGUCGCUGCUUGACGUGACCAGCGAGAGUCUGAGCGAGAUGCUAUCGCUCCACUCGCAACACAUUGAGAGCGUGCACCAGCUCAUUGCUGGCGUUGACGGCGAUGCUGCCGCUAGUGGUGGCGAUGAUGCUGUGGCUGUGGCCAAUGAGGAGCUGGACACGGCUGUGCAGCAGCUGUUGGCGGAUGUGUUGCACCGGUUGGAUCGGUGUGAGGACACGGUGGAUGUGUUGUACUCGCAGCAGCAGCUGUCCAGCCUUGCUGCGAGCGGCAGGUUUGCUUCCCUUGCCCGCAGCUUCUCUGCGGAGGACCCCAUGGACGACGACGAGGACUACGCUGCAGUGAAGGUUGUGAACAAGACACAACUGAGCCAGGAGCACAGGCAGCGCUUGAAGCAGAGCGUGCAGUCACUCCUCGUGUUGAACCACGCACACAUCCUCGACUACUUUUGGCUCCAUGAGACAGACGAGCAAGUCUUCUUCUUCACAGAGCACGCACAACGCACCCUCCUCAAGCACAUCCAACAGCAUGGCCGGCUUCACCCCGCAACUGCACGGCGGUUCUUUGGCCAGCUGACGAGCGCGGUCGACUUUGUGCACUCCAAAGGUGUUGCCCACCGCAACAUCAAGCUCGAACACAUCCUCCUCUUCCCAAACAACACCGUCAAGCUCACAGGCUUUGGCUUCUCCGCACAGGCACACGAGACCCACAGUGCCGCGAGCAUUGUUGUGGAUGCGCCCCACUACGCCGCGCCAGAGUACUUCUCCCGCCUUGCUGCAGACUACGACUCGCGCGCAGCCGACAUGUGGGCGCUCGGCGUCGUGCUGUAUGCCAUGGUCCGCGGCACCAUGCCCCACCGCGGCUCAACCCUCGCCCAGCUCUCCAUGAGCGUGCUGUGCCGUCGCCCAGAGGCAGCUGUCGCCUGUCGCCGCCUCUCCUCCAUCCUGUCCCUCCUCUUUGCACGUGACUGGCGCGCGCGCGCCACAGCCGCAGCCGUUCUCCAGCACGCCUACACAUCCACGGCACCCGCAACGCCAGCAUCAUCAGCGCAGCAGCAGCUGCUGCAGCAGCGACGGCGUGAACUGUCCUCGGCGACCCUGGACCGUCUGGUGCGCGCGCGCAUGAUUGCGCUUGGAUUUGAGCCGCGCCAACUCGACGUCGCGCUCAAAAUCACCUUCAGCCAGCAGAGCGCCAUCGCCAACGUGCUGCGUGCACACCUGCGCUAUCAGCACCAGCGCCACGCCCAUGCUCAGGGCACGUGCCUGUGCAACGCGGCCUCGUGCGCAUUCAGUCCAGCACCCAUGCCUGCAAGCACGGCUCCCACCGCCGCCACAGGCGAGGGCGCAUCGUCGGUGCGGUCUCCGCUCCGGCCACCGCAACGCACACACGCAGCAGGCACAACACAAGCAGCAGGCCAGCAGCAGCAGCAACAGCAGCAACAGCAGCAGCAGCAGCAGCGUUCCUCAACCAUCACCUCGUACACGCGCAACACCACGGCUGCAUCGUCGUCGCCAGGAAGCGCACCGGCAUCCAUGCGUGGCGCAGCCAUCAAGUCGCUGCCAGCGCACGUGUGCAGGGACUGCGGCGAGACACUGGCUGUUGAAGAGCACAGCGAGCACAACAGCAGCGCGCGCACCCAUCGCACCGCCACCAGCAGCAACGCAAGCAGCGGCAGUAACAGCGCAGCAGCGGCCUCAUCGACCACCACCACCACCACCGCAACAGCACCGGCCCGCGUUGCGGUCGGGUUUGACGUCGAUUCGGACUCGGAACUGGACAUGUCAGAUGACGAGGAGAUGGAGAGCGAGGACAACCAUCACCACCACCACGACGGCAGCCAUGCCUGCACCCACAAUGCACGCGACGGCGACGAACACAAGGCAAAGGCUUUCACUCCCCACACGGAUGCAUCAUCAUCGUCGCCACCAUCUGCCACAGCACCUCGCCGGCCCUCAGCAUCACGCGUUUCGAAGCGCCGCCGCCGCCGCAGCUCACACGCGCGCGGACGCAGCAAGCGGACACGGCGCGUGCAGGCGCUGGUGCGCAUGGCAGCGCGACAGGCCAUGGCGGAGGAGGAGGACUUUACUGCCGGCGAAGCCGACGUGAACACGUGCGGCAGCGGUGCGGAGGGCACCAGCCAUGCUGGUGAGCAUGUUAGUGUCGAUGUCGAUGCGCUCAUCUCCACGCUCCUGGACCACCAGCAGCAGCAGCAACAGCAGCAGCAGCAGCAGCAGCAGCAGCAGAAGACAGCAUUGGACGGCAAUGCAUCCGCUUUGCAGCGCCAGCACAGCGUCAAUGGCCAUCACGCAGUCAACCAAUCCCCUGCAGCCCAACAACAGCAGCUGCAGCAGGAACAGGAACAGCAGCAGCUUGGAUGCCUGUUGCCUGGCGAAGGCAGUGCGGAGAGCAAGCUUGCUCGCUUGCGCCAUGCCAUGAAGAAGUGCAUCGGCCAGACGCUUGCUCUUCGCGCCGCCCCGGCCUUUCGUCUGACUGCGGUGCACCCGGCGACCACAACUCCGCUCCCCGUUGUCGGAGAAGCGGCAGCAUCGCACACGGGCAGCGAGAGCGACUGCAACCCGUACAAGCGCAGCAAGCAGACGACGUCUGCACGCAGCGAGGGCCAAGAUGGGGCCGAACGGUCCUAG